CUCACCUGCCAUGCCCGCCCCUUGCGCGCUGCUCGCCUGGGCCCUCCUGGCUCUCCUCGGACUUGGGCUCGGAAGGCCUAGAGAAGAAUCCCCAAACCUCUGCUGCCCCAUAGUGCCCCGGAGAGAGUGGAGGGCCCCGGCGUCCAAGUGUUCCAAGAAGUUGAGACUGCCCGUGCGCUACGUGGUGGUGUCACACACGGCCGGCAGCCCCUGCGACUGCCCGGCCUCGUGCCUGCAGCAGACCCAGAACGUGCACAACUACCACUCGGGGACGCUGAACUGGUGUGACGUGGGCUACAACUUUCUGAUCGGAGAAGAUGGGCUCGUGUAUGAGGGCCGGGGCUGGGACACCAAGGGCGAUCACACAGGCCCCACCUGGAACCCCAUCUCCAUUGGCAUCUCCUUCAUGGGUAACUACAUGGAGCGGUCACCUCCACCCCGGGCCCUCAGGGCGGCCCAGAGUCUGCUAGCUUGCGGUGUGGCUCAGGGAAAACUGAGCCCCAGAUACGAGGUCAAGGGACACAGGGACGUGCAGCGCACACUCUCUCCAGGCGACCAACUCUAUGAGAUCAUCCAGACUUGGCCACACUACCACGAGUGACACCCUAUCUCCUCCACACCUGGAAACCCCACCGCCUCCCCUCCAAUCAAGGUGCAGCUCAAACUGUGUUCCUGUGUCCCACCACAUGCCUCCCCUCCCUCUCUACCUCCCACAAGACCCCAGCCAGUCCCACCCGCCCCGGGCCCAGCACUCUGUCCUCGCUGGUACUCAGAAUCCAGAGGCCCCAACCCUAAACCAAGACCCCAGAGAGCCCAGCUUGUAAGGAACAUCACAGCUCAGAACCCAGGUCUCGGGCCAGAGCGCAGGAAUCAGCACCAAGAUGGCCCAGAUGUCACUGACGGCAGCUCAGGGCCGUGAACCAUGCUCCAAGACACCCCUUCUCUACCGCUCGGCCAAAGAUACCCUGUGCCACAUCUCUGCUUGGACCCCUUUGGGGUUGAGCUGCUCACUCCCACCCCUCAGGUCCACCCCAUUCAUUGCUUUAGAGAGUAU